UUGUGUGCCUCUAUAUAAAGGCCCCCCGCUUAACACCCCUCUCGUACCACACUAGCCAUCAGUCUACAAGCUGUCUUAUAGUCUAGCAGCAUUCUUCCCCUCCUCCGCCUUGCACCGAGCUUUGUGAACCAGACCAUGAAGAUUGGAGGCCAAGGGAGGCUCAACAGAGCUUUCAGGGAGAAGAGGGCUAGGUUCUACAUCUUCCGCCGCUGCGUCGUCAUGUUGCUUCGAUGGAGCGACUGA